AACAGUGCAGAUGCAUUUUGGUAACAUAAUGAUGGCACGAACACUCACUGUUACUUUGCAUCAGCAUUGUUCUUAAAGUAAAGUUUUUUUUUUGCACAAAUGUUCAGUGGAAAUUGUUAAAAGUAGUCCUUGUGCAUAGAUGUGGUUCGUUUAACUGCAAUUACUGAUUUUUAGUUUGAAAUAACAUUUCAAUUUAAAGAAUCUGAGUCACACUGUUGCCAUGGAAUUGCCCUAUAUCUACAGACGCGAAUCGACUUGGAGUCCCUCCCCGCAGGCAGGUCUGUGAAAUUCCUCCAGUUAUGUUGUAAACAGAGGAAAUGCAGCUUGUUGAAGUUGUGACAGAUACACGUUUGACUGUCUUUAGUGCCUUCCAGUAACACAUGACCUGACUACACCUGACCCAUGUGAAGGAGUAGGGGGAGAGGGAGCGAGAGGAGCCACACCACACACGCCAUGGCAGCUUUCACCAGUACCCCCAAAGUGAGAUCCAGGAGUGCUCCUCGGCACAGAGACUGGGACCAGAGCCCGGCCGAGUGUGACUGGAAGGACUGUGAGGCUGGAGGCGACGAGAGAUCUACAGGACACAGCACCAUGCUGGAGAAGACCCAGGACUUCUUCCAGAUCUGUGACAUCGAGGACAAAGGCUUCAUCACCCACCGGGACAUGCAGCGGCUCCAUGGACAGCUGCCCCUCAGUGCAGAGGAGCUGGAGAAUGUCUUCGACACCCUGGAUUCUGACGGCAACGGAUACCUCACCCUGCAGGAGUUCUCCUCAGGGUUCAGUGAAUUCCUGUUUGGCCGAAGGAUCUCUGUAACAGAAGGGAUGGGGGAGGCCAGCCCCAUUGCCAAGGAAGCCAACCAGGGCCCCCCAGACUCCCUUUACCAGACCCAGUGGGAGGAGAGGCUGAUGGGCAGCGAGGACGAGGAGGAGAGGCACUUCUGCAUGCUCAUGGAGAGCUUGGGCGCCAGCAACGUCUUUGAGGACCCUGGUGAGAUGCGUAGUCUGUGGGCCCAGCUGAGAAGAGAUGAGCCGCAUCUCCUGUCCAACUUUGAGGAGUUCCUGGCCAGGGUCACCUUCCAGAUCAAAGAGGCCAACCAGGAGAAGAGGGAGAUGGAGAGCGCCCUUAAAAGAAAAGCAGCAACACAUGAUGACGAGAUCCAGCGCUUAUAUGAAGAAAUGGAGCAGCAAAUCAAAAAUGAAAAGGACAGGAUCCUCCUGCAGGACUCUGAGCGCUUCCUGUCUAGGAGCCAGGACCUAGAGCAUCAGCUCUCCAGUAAGGAGCGGGAGCUGGAGCAGAUCUUCCAGAAACAGAGGCGGUUGGAGUGUCAGUGUCGGGAGCUUCACAGCGAGCAGCACAUGACCAAGGUAGAGAAUGUGAAGCUGAAGCAGACCAAUGAGGAUCUGGCCCAAGAGCUGGAGCACACCAGUCAGGAGCUGAGUCUGGCCCAGGAUCAGCUGGGCCUCCUGCAGGAGCAGUCGUCACGCCUGCACAAGGAGAGGGAGAGGGAAAUGUACCAGGUCACAGAGGGAUUGCAGAGAGAGCGAGCAAGCCUGCUGAAACAACUUGACCUGCUGAGGGAAAUGAACAAACACUUACGAGAUGAACGAGAUAUGUCCUCGUAUCAAAAACUGAGGAAUACUGUUGAAAAUCCUGCUUGGAACCCGAGGCCUGGAUCAAAUACUCUGAAUCCCUUUGACAAAAAGGCCUUUAAAUGUGAGGAAGAGGUAGUGCUCCCCCACUCUAAGAAGAAGAGCCCAGGGGAAGUGAAUGGCUACAGCCUGGAGGAUGUGGUAGCCUCCAAACCCCCCCAUAUACCCCUACAGAGGAUCAUCUCCAUAGAGGAGGACCACCUACCCCAGCUCUUGCAGGAUGACUACCAUGCCCAGCUCUGUGAGUGGAGCGAGGAGGCGGAGGAAGACGGGGAGGAGGAAGAACACAUAGAGCUGCAGAUGAACUCAAUAUAUCCUCCAAGUUCUCUUCCGACUAGGGAGCAGCAGCCAGCUGACACCAGAGAGUCAGAGACGCCUACAUCCCCCAGGGGCCAGCCUGUCGGCAAGGAGACCGUGGUGAACGAGGUUGCAGCACCACCCCCGGACCGCCUGUUUAAGAUCGUGCUGGUAGGGAACUCUAGCGUGGGGAAGACCUCCCUCCUCAUGAGGUUCUGCGACGACUGCUUCUACCCAGGCACCUCUGCCACCGUGGGCAUAGACUACAGUGUGAAAACGAUAACGGUGGACAACAGCCAGGUGGCGCUGCAGAUGUGGGAUACAGCAGGACAGGAGAGGUAUCGCAGCAUCACCAAGCAGUUCUUCCGCAAGGCUGACGGUGUGGUAGUCAUGUAUGACAUCACUGAUGAGCAGAGCUUCACUGCUGUGAGACAGUGGCUGACCAGUGUACAGGAGGGGGCCGGCGAGGAUAUUUCCAUCAUGCUGCUGGGAAACAAAACGGACAAGGAGAGCGAGCGGGAGGUUCAGACGAGAGUAGGCGAAAAAUUGGCCAAGGACUGCCAGUUGAUUUUCUAUGAGUGCAGUGCUUGCUCUGGACAAAACGUUGUACACUCUCUGGUACAUUUGGCAAGAAUUCUGAAAGAGCAGGAGGACAGAGAGAAAGAGAAGACUGUCCAACUGGUAAACGGCUCUUCACAUAAGAAGAGGUCCUGCUGCUAGCAACAAGAAGGCUACUAGCUAGCUUCUAUCUUCACAUAAGAAGAGGUCCUGCUGCUAGCAACAAGAAGGCUACUAGCUAGCUUCUAUCUUCACAUAAGAGGUCCUGCUGCUAGCAACAAGAAGGCUACUAGCUAGCUUCUAUCUUCACAUAAAAAGAGGUCCUGCUGCUAGCAACAAGAAGGCUACUAGCUAGCUUCUUAUCUUCACAUAAGAAGAGGUCCUGCUGCUAGCAACAAGAAGGCUACUAGCUAGCUUCUUAUCUUCACAUAAGAAGAGGUCCUGCUGCUAGCAACAAGAAGGCUACUAGCUAGCUUCUAUCUUCUCAACACACAAGGUGAUGGUGAACUCACCUAAUUAAGUAUACAGUAUAUUCUGACUAGAGUUCCUUCAGAACUCAAAGAUCUACAGCACUAUACCUCUCACUGUCACCCAGUCCACCUACGGUGUGAACACUUGUUUCUUGAAUCUGUGGUUUAAAAAAAACAAAAACACAUCUUUGAGGGGGUAAAAAAAUAAACAUGUCUUAGCAUUUCACACAAUGAAAGGGCCAGGGUAGGUGCUGACACAGCCAUACAUGGAUAAUGACAUUUUUAAAACGACAGUCUUGCACUACAAUAAUAAAAUAUAGAUUUUCCUUAAUGACAACUUAUUUUUAAUGAAAAUGUAUUUUCAACUAGCUAAGUCAAAACCAGUAACUAUACUACUUUUAUAUUUAAUUCAGUACAGUUUACACUGUCUGACAAAUGUACUGAAAAAAUAAAAGUAAACCUUGUUAAUAGUUGGGUUAGGUUUUGUGAAAUCUGAAUUUCAUUCAGGACCAAUUUAACAUUUUCCAAUAGUAGGGAAGGGUUAUAACAUUUGUCAGAUUUGGACAUCAUCUCAGAUCAAUUUGAUGAAUAGAUUAGCUUAUCCCUCAAAUGUAAUAAGGUUUACUGUGUUGUAUAUGUAAUGUCGGGACGAUUUACCAGAAGUCAACUACAGAUGUGGGAUCCUAAUUCGACCAGUAUUGUCGCAGCAAAAUAAUCCUGCAGCAACAGGAUUUGAAUGUUUAGUCCAUUAACUUUUCUGCCGACGUAAUGUUGCUAGAUUAGGCUACAUGAUUAGGCUACAUGAAAAGUGCAAUACUGUUAAUAUAAUGUGAGUUUUUAGUGAAUCUGUCAAUUCUGGGGCACAGAAAUUCUCAGCAACAGCAGUGAUCAAGUGAAGAUCCUACAUCUGUACGUGUCUAGAAAGUCUAAUUGGCAGCUUCUCCUUUUACACAAAUGUUUGUUUUACACUUUGCAUUGACAGUGGAAGGUAGUAAAGCUCUGACAUACUAUACCUCAAAGCGUUUGCAUAUAAACCGUCACCACUAUUUAGCUUUUUUAUGUAAUUGGCACAGUUAUUUCUAUGAAUGAGUUCUGUUGUACUGUAGUUGUUUGCUUAGUUUUGCCAAGAGAUUUGCCUUCUCUUAGAUGUAUUUGUUUGUGGGCGCACUAAAACAGUUCUCCUAAUAAUUCCAUAAGAAUGUAUAUUGUGCCAAGUAUCCUUGAACAAAUGUUCCAUUUGAAAUCUAACACAUUGCAAUGUAUGCCAUCACUGUACCUGUAAAGUACCUCAGAUACCGAUAGAUACGUAUGAGAGACUGGAGGUAUCUUUAGAUACGUAUUGUACUGUAUGUGUAUGUUCUGUGAUGUUGAAGGAUACUGAGAUUGUAAUUUGGAGCCUUCCGGUAUAGAGAGUAUUCCUUAUGUAUUUGACAGUGUGCCAUAGCGCCAUGACUACUCUAAAUGAACCAAUUCAGUUGCAUUUGCUACUGGGCCUGUGUUCUUGCACAAUAAUGUAUGUGAAAAUGUAAAUACGAAAAAUGUUGUAUGGUUUCUCUGAAUAAUAAACAGAUAUUGUAUA